AUGGGCAAUAUAUUCAGUCAAUUUUACUUCAUUCCCACCGCCGCGCUCACCGAAAAAACCUGUCCCGAUCAAACAGAUCGAGUUUUCCUCAUAACAGGUGGAUAUACAGGCAUCGGGUUCCAACUAUGCAACAUCCUCUACUCUCGCAACGCCAUCAUUUGGAUAGCAGGCCGCUCGGAAUCGAAAGCCCAAAAAGCUAUUUCGGACAUCAAAGGUGCAUCUCCUAUGAGUAAAGGCAGUAUUGAAUUUUUGCAGCUGGAUCUUUCGGAUCUUUCUACCAUCAAACCCGCAGUGAAUCAUUUUACCGCGCGACAACAGCGGCUUGAUGUUCUCGUCAACAAUGCCGGUGUUAUGUAUUCACCAAGAGAAAACAUCGGUGCACAAGGACACGAGUUACACAUGGUAACCAAUUGUCUAAGCCACUAUCUCCUCUACCAACUUCUGCUUCCUCUCCUCACAAAAACCGCGGCUUCUUCCCCCACAGCAAGCGUACGUGUCGCGUGGGCCGCGUCCAUCGCCGUACAUGUUGAUUCGUCACCAUCGGGAAUGAUUAUUAACGAAGACGGGUGUCCUAAAGACCAAGGCGUGACAGCUAAUUACAGCCAAUCGAAAGUUGGAAACGUGUUUCUAGCACGUGAGUGUGCAAAGAUGACUCCGCAAACGGGAAUCGUACACGCGGUUUUUAAUCCGGGGAAUCUGAGGACGGAGCUGCAACGGUAUUGGACGGGCCCCGCGAGUUGGAUCACGGAUAAAUUUAUAGUGUACCCAUCGAUUUACGGGGCAUACACUGAGUUAUGGGCAGCGCUCUCCCCCGAAUUGACACCUGAUAAGAGUGGGGCUUAUAUAUAUCCCUGGGGGAGAUUCGGUAGUCUUCCUGAAGGAAUCGAGUCUUCGAUUGUGGGAGAAUCUGGGAUUUCAGCUAGGUUUUUUGGAUGGUGUGGAAGAGAGACGGAGGGCUUUUUGUAG